UUGAAGCCCCCAGGAGGAGGUUCUAGUAAUCUCUUUGGGAGUACAGAAGAAGUUUCUUCUUCAAGCAGGCCACACCGGAUGGCAUCCAAUAUCUUUGGAGCAUCAGAAGAACCUCAAAACGUUCCUAAAAGAACAAACCCUCCAGGGGGAAAGGAAAGUGGUAUUUUUGAGGAUUCUAGUUCUGCUCAGCCUCGUCCACGCAUGAAUCCACCUGGUGGGAAGACAAGUGAUAUCUUUGGGUCUCCUGUAUCUGCCAGCGUGGUGCGAGCACACCCAAACAAGCCGAAGGAUCACAUUGUCUUGAAAGAAGAUGAAACACCGAAGAAGCUAGAAGAAAAUAUCAAAUCACAGCUGGAAGAUGGAGGCAAGAAAAAAGAUGUGGGCAAAGAGGAGCGAUGCAAGGAGCCAGAACCCAAGAUAGACAAUCACGAGCCCCGACUGGGGCCAAGGCCGCGCUCACACAACAAAGUUCUCAAUCCGCCCGGGGGAAAAUCCAGUAUUGCCUUCUAUUAG